GCACCUCCACUGCAAAGAUGGUCAACGUGCCUAAAACCCGAAGGACUUUCUGUAAGAAAUGUGGCAAGCACCAGCCUCACAAAGUGACCCAGUAUAAGAAGGGCAAGGGUUCCCUGUAUGCCCAAGGAAAGCGGCUCUACGAUCGAAAGCGGAGUGGUUACGGUGGGCAGACAAAGCCGAUUUUCCAAAAGAAGGCCAAAACCACAAGGAAGAUUGUGCUGAGGCUUGAGUGUGUGGAGCCCAACUGCAGAUCGAAGAGGACGCUGGCCAUUAAGAGCUGCAAGCACUUUGAACUGGGAGGAGACAAGAAGAGAAAGGGCCUAGUGCUCCAGUUCUAA